AAAGAAACAAAACAGUAAUGUUGUUCUGCUCAAUUUCAAUGGGUUCAUAAGAGGUUGCUAUCACUUUUGCCAAGUAUCACAUUCUUACUGGCUGUUUGAAAUGACAGUAAAAGCUCCCUGCAGAAAUGUAGCUGAUGGUCAGUAGAAAUAAAAACUCUGCAGUCAGCUCAGUGAUUUCCAUGGAGACAACAGGGUAAGAGUCGGAGAGUUGGGGUAACACAGAUGGGGGGAGGUGUACGUUUGGGGCGGAGGGUUGAUGAUAAAUGAGUCUACACCAUGCUGUCAUUUGUACUUCAGGACUCAGUCCAAAGCACAAUUUAGUGUAAAAUAUUACGCUGGCCCCAGCAGAUGACAAAGUUUAAUGUUGAUGUAUGAAUAGACGCAGUCUGUCCCCAGCUGCUAUUGAACAGGAGGAGGCAACUAUUCUUCUCAAAGGGCAAUUAAUUAGUGGCCACACAAGCAACCACAGAGGAUGGACAGUGAAAAAGGGCAGCCGAGCUUUGACCAUGUUUUACUCAUUGUUCUCUGACCAUCAAAACCUCAGCAGAGAACAAUAGGCACAAUUCUGUCUUUCGUCCAUUUGACACUUCAUUUGGUACAUCUUGCUGGUAUUAGGUUGGACAUGAUAGACCUGAUAUUGACUUGACAUGCACAUCCAUGAUGUCAUUCCCUAAGUUGCUCCAUAGAUGGGGAUCUGGUCACUGUAGUGACAUUUUGUCCCAUUGGCUUGAGUUGAAAACAAAGUUGAAAACUGCCACCUACUGGGCUGUGGUGUGCACAUCAAAUACAUAAUUUUUUCAAAUACAUUUGUGUUCCUGCAGUCAAUGAAACAAAAUUAACCCAUUUUAAUCCCAGACCUUGAUGCUCUUGUUUAUAUUAGGAAUAUGGGAAAAGUCUCAUUUUCCAUAGACUCAACUAGAAUAACCACAGUUACUGUAAAGGAUUCAGUAUGAGAACAAAGAAAAUACUUUUUUGCUAACUAUGAACCUUCUCAGUAAUGACGGAGUCAUUAUUAUUUACGCUAAAUCACGCAGCGAGAUCACUAGUAUCAUUUUAUGUUUUCGCUCACAUUACCUGAUGUUGCUGUAUCUGUUUCUCUGAAAGGACUCAAACACAAAGGUUUUCCAGGAAGUAGGACACAGUCAAAAGAAAGUUUGUUAAAGCAGGGUAAGUUUACAGUCUUAGACUAAAUACAUCUUGAAUAUAAUCUUUUCAAAAUGCUCCUUAUGGCAUUAUAUCUCCAUGAAAUGAAUCACCAUUGUUAGAAAACCUCAACACAUAAACAGUUUUUAAAAUAGCAUUAACUCAGAGCCCAGGUGCAAAGAAGUGCUUUUAUACACAGCAAAUAUUUAGAAUUUACUGCACUGUGAAUUCAUGAAGCUUUACCUUUACCUUUAACAAAGGGUCAAAAUGACACCAACUUGUGGGCACAUAUCUAUCCUAGUGUUCCAUUUACCUUUCAACUGUUGUUACAGCAUAGAAUCUGAAGUGACAUGAUCAGAGUAAUCUAAAACCAGAUUGGGCUGUUCAACCUUUGGGGUUCGUUACAGGUGAACACUGACGAUCCUAAAGAGCCGUUUAUUAUUCACAUUGUCAAGUCAGGAGAAAACAUAUCAAACUCUCUUUUUCACUCCUUUCUUAUAUCAUGGCGAAGAUUGUGAAACAAUAUCUGCGUCAUUGUUAUGAAGCAGUAUAUAUAGGAGUUGGGAGAUAUUUCACAGCAAGCCAGACUGAGAGAAUUCUCCAGAAGAUUUCAGUGGGUGAGUAUCUUCACGUGCUGUUGUUUUACUUAUGACACUGGUAUUACACAAACAAAAUUAAACUUCCUUGUGAUGUGAUAGUGGAUUUAAAAGUUUUUAUUAUUUUAAUCUGCUUAUACGACAUGCCUUUACACCACAGGUUUGAGGUCACAAUACUGAACGUAACCAUGAAUUUAUUGCUGACUGUUGUCCUUCUCGCUGGACUGGCCUAUGAAAACAACUGUCGACAGCUCAUAUCUCCAAGCCAAUGCUGGACACAGUGGUUUGAUAGAGAUGACCCUGAUGGAACUGGAGACUGGGAAUCUAUGUCUUCUUUGAGAGGAUCGUACCCAGGACAGAUCUGUGAUUCUCCGAUAGAUAUGGAGGUCACAACUCUGUCUAAUGUCCCUGCUGCCGCAACAGGAGACACGUUUUAUGUGAACGACAUGGACUCAGGGUUUGUAUGCAGACUCAGUGACCAGCCAUCAUAUCAGUGUCAUGAUUAUCGCGUGCGCUUCAGAUGUCCUUCCAACUUUUGCCAACAAGUGUGCUGGACCGGAUGGUAUGACCGCGACGAUCCCUCUGGGACAGGAGACUGGGAGCUUUUAGCAAACCUGCAGACUGAAAACCUAGGAGAGAUCUGUGAUGAUCCAGUGCACAUUGAUGUUGUCACCAAAAACGACGGCAUACAAGCCUUUAGGACAGGACAGUUCUUCCACCGCCUCAGUCCAUCUCAAGGCUUUGCUUGUCGUAACGAAGAUCAGGUAAACGAAAUGUGCCUGGACUACAAAGUUCGCUUUGGCUGCCCGUGCCCACCAGUCUCCCCACUUACGAAAUCAUUAAUCAGGGCUAAGUUUGCCUGAACCGCAGUCACGAUGAAGCUGUUAAGUCUUGUUAUUGUUGCCGGGCUGUUUGGUGAGAACAAUCAGCUGUCUGUAGAUCCAAGACCACCUCCACCUUACCCUAUCUGUCCCCUGCGU